GAGUCGUCGAGCCAUUCGCCGUAGAGUCACCUGGUGCCGGUAAUCCAUUGAAAAGCCAUGAUGAUCCUCUGACAACAAAUUAGUGAAAAGUUUUCUCCUGCACAGCAUCACAUCAUGCGCUCUGUCGGCGUGUUGUUCAUGUUCUUGCCUGUUGCAUGGACCUGCAUUCCCCAAAAAGCAGACUAUGUUAUGGUGUCGUGUUUCCCUAACACCAUCAUCGCUAAUGUCCUAGAGUGUCCAUAUGGCUGGGAGGUGGACCAGUUGUCUCUCAGUGGGGUCUGUUACACUGGAGUAAACAGCCAGGGCUACUACCGUUUUAUCAUUCCUGACCUGACUCCCAAAAACCGCUCAUACUGCGGCACGCAAUCUGAGUAUUUGCCUGGAAAAGACCCAAGGUACGUCUUCUAUAAUGCCAUUGUGUCCAACGAUACUUCGCUGACUGUUAGAAACCAACCGGUCAACUACACCUUUAGCUGUACUUACCGAGCAGCGUAUCUGGUGAAUAAUGCAGUCUUCAGUCAAAGCGUUUUUACUAAAUCCUCUGCUUUUUCCAGAGUGGCUACAGUUUAUGUCAACAACGGAAGUUUAGGCACUUUUAGAUCACAGUUGUCUAUGAACGCGUUCACGAAUUCCAAGUUCCUGUACACUAAGGAUGCGCCUUAUGUCAUCGAUACAUCUGAGAUUGGUUCAGAAGUAUUCAUUGGUAUUGAGGCAAAAGGGCUCAGUAAUAGAUUCAAAGUAGUGAUAAACAACUGCUGGGCCACUCCCAGUCCUUACUCGACAGACAGGAAGAGGUGGAGUCUCAUUAUUAACAGUUGCCCAUCUGACCACACUGUGACCAUCUUCGAGAACGCCAAAAACAGCCGAUCCAUGUUCAAGUUCAACUCUUUCCGCUUCCAGUGGCUGGAGAAGGUGUCCACCGUGUGGCUUCAUUGUGAGGUUCACAUUUGUGAUGGAGAGAAACUCGUCUGUCUGCCGAGUCCUUGUUCUGUCAGAGGUUUGCCAUCCCAAGCAGAACCAAGUGGGGGGAUACUUACAACUGAGUUUCAAAUUAAAGGUAACCGCUCCUCUAAUAACGGACACAUCACAGGAACGUCAUUGCUCAUCCUGUUCUUGGUGCUGUUAAGCAGCUGUUGUUUUUUAGCAAAUGGCUCCAAUAUGUAAUGUGUACACUGUGUAUGUGGAAUGUAUUUAUGCACUGAGAGGGCGUGUGGAUGCAUUCUGUUGUACUGUACGCUGUAAUUAAGAAUAUUUACUGAGUCUCUGUGAAAGGCUCAUC